AUUUAAAAAAAACGGCGUCAUUUCUGUACGUACAGCCACUUUAGGCGGAGUUUUAUAAAAUUAAUGUUUAUGCUAUUGCUGUGUUUUACCGUCAGCGUUCAGAACAAUGACUGAGGAUGCAGUAAAGGUUUGUGUUCGGUUUCGUCCACUCGUCGAGAGGGAGGAGAACGCCGCAGCAGGGAAGGGAGAACCCGUCCAGCUGUUCUGGAAAGCAGACUCGAGAUCCAUCUAUCCCAUCGACGAUGGAAACACCGGGAAAAGCUUCAGCUUCGACCGAGUGUUCACCGCAGAGGAGAGCACCGACCAGCUGUACCGCGACAUUGCCAAACCCCUGGUCGUGUCCACCGUGGGGGGAUACAACGGAACCAUGUUCGCGUACGGUCAGACUUGUUCCGGUAAGACGUUCACCAUGAUGGGCAGCGAGCAUGCUCCAGGGGUCAUUCCUCUGGCUAUGGAAGAUGUUUUCCAAACCAUCAAGAAGUUUCCAAAGAAGGAGUUUCUUCUCAGGGUGUCCUACAUGGAAAUCUACAACGAGACGGUCACGGAUCUGCUGGUGGACCACUGGAAAAGGAAGCCCCUGGAAGUGAGAGAAGGCAUGAAUAAAAAUGUGUAUGUGGCGGACCUGACCGAGGAGCUGGUCACGUCUUCCUCACAGGUCCUGGCCUGGAUCCGGAAAGGAGAGAAAAACCGCCGCUAUGGGAAGACGAAGAUGAACCAGAGGAGCAGCCGCUCGCACACCAUAUUUCGGAUGAUCCUGGAGAGUCGUGAACGGAGCGACCCGGCAUCGAGUGAAAGUGCUGACGGAGCCAUCAUCGUGUCUAACUUGAAUCUGGUGGAUCUAGCUGGAUCUGAGAGGGCCAGCCAAACCGGGGCAGAAGGUGAACGGCUAAAAGAAGGCUGCAACAUCAACCGCAGUUUGUUCACACUCGGCCAGGUGAUCAAUAAGCUGACCGAUGAAACCCAGAAAGGUUACAUAAACUACAGAGACAGCAAGCUGACUCGCAUCCUACAAAGCUCCUUGGGAGGGAAUGCAAAAACGGUGAUCGUCUGCACCGUCACUCCUGCCAGUCUGGAUGAGACUCUCAGCACGCUGCAGUUUGCCUCCACAGCUAAAAAGAUGAAGAACGACCCUCAAGUGACGGAGGUGUCAGACGAUGGCGCUCUGCUGAAACGCUAUCGCAAUGAGAUCGUGGACCUAAAGCGACGACUCCAAGAGGUCUCUUCAGUGGAGCAGACCACUGCCACCGAGAAGGAGGUGCUCUCUCAGCUGCUCCAAGAGAAGGACCAACUGCAGAGGGAGCAGGAAGACCGCAUCCGGAACCUGACCAAGCUGCUGGUCACCGGCUCCAAUCUGGUUCCUGUUCACAAGGCCCCCAAACGCAGAGUUACAUGGGGAGGGAAGAUGUCCAGGCUCAGCCAGGCUUCCACCUGUGAGGACGGCACGUCAAAACCCUUCAGCCGUAGGCGGAAAAUGGAGCACACCCUACUGAGCGACAUGAACGAGGAUGAGGAAUUCUUCGAUUCUCAGUGGGGGAUUCCUGAGGACCCACCCGACGACAUGGAGCCCAGUCGGACCUCCAUGUCUUCCUGGAGCAUUGGGAACAGUUUUAGAGAGUUUGCGUCUCCUGGUCAGACAUGUGAGCUUUCAGAGGAGGUGUCCAGCCUGAAGCAGCAGCUGGAGGCAGAGAGUCGGCAGAGAGAGGAGGCCAUGAAGACGCUGGAAGCUUCCAACUGCAGGGUGGCAGAGCUGGAAAUGCAGCUGCAGACUGAAGCUCUGGAGAAGAUGGAAGCUCUGGAGAAGAUUCAGAGUGCUGAGCAGAAAGUUUCAGAGCUGGAGAUGCAGCUGCAGACUGAAGCUCAGCAGAAGAUGCAGACGUCUGAGCAGAAUGUUUCCGAUUUGGAGAUGCAGCUGCAGACUGAAACUCUGGAGAGGAUGCGCAUGUCUGAACAGAAAGUUUCAGAGCUGGAGAUGCAGCUGCAGACUGAAGCCCAGCAAAAGAUGGAAGCUCUGGAGAGGAUGCAGAUGUCAGAACAGAAAGUUUACGAAUUGGAGAUGCUGCUGCAGACUGAAGCUCAGCAGAAGAUGCAGACGUCUGAACAGAACGUUUCCGAUUUGGAGAUGCAGCUGCAGCAGAAGAUGGAAACUGUGGAGAUGCUGCAGUUGAGAGUUGCAGAGCUGGAGCACCAGCUGGAGGAGCAGAGCAGUUCUGAUGUUCAUAUGAGAAGAGAGUUUGCAGAAGCCAUCCAGCUCUGUGACACUCUAACCUCAGAGAAGGAUAUGCUUGCUGCUGAACGAGAUUCCCUGAAGCAGGAACUGAGCAUUUUCAUGGACCAGAUGGAACAUCUGGAGCGAGACAAGGCUGCUAUGGCCGAGGAACUGAAGGAGAUGAAGGACUUAGAGGAGUUCAAUGCUCUGGAGGAAGACUUCAGGAAAGAGCAGGAGAACGAGUUCAGAAGUCAAAUUUCUUCCCUGGAAAAGGCCCUGGAAUCUGCUAAACUUCAGCAUGUGGAGCUUCAGAACAAACUUCAAACUGUUUCUGAAGAGCUCAAGAAGAAAAGUGAAUAUGCAGAAGAACUCCAGAAUAUGAGCGGGAAAAAUUUGGUUCAGGAGGUGGCGGAGCUUCGGCGCUCUCUAGACGACGCCGAGGGGGUCAGCAGAGACACCAAGAAGGAGUGGGCAGUCCUCCGCAGUCAGAACAUCUCUCUGCUGGAGCUGAAGGCCACUCUGACGAGCAGCCAGGAGAAGAUGGAAGCUGAGCUGAGCACUCUGCGCCUGCAGCUGGAGACGGAGAAGUCACGGAACAAGAAGAUGCAGAGCGACCUCCAGAAAGAGUUGAACGUAGCCUUUAAUGAAAACGCCAAGCUCACCUCUCUGCUGGACGGCAAAGUCCCGAAAGACCUCAUCGACAGCCUGGAACUCGAGAGAAGAGCGGUUGCAACCACAAAGGAGCUAAUGGCGGCUCACGAGGCAGAGCAGGCUCUCAAGGUUCAGCUGGAGGAGCUUCAGGCUCUUCCAGAUAAAGUGGACAGUUUGAGGAAGCAGGUGGAAGGUCUAUCAGAGGAGCUGCGAGGCGUUGAAGUUGAGCGGGAUGGUCUGAAGUCGGCCUGCGCUCAGAGUCAGCUGGAGGAAGAGCAGCUCAGAGAAGCUCUGCAGAGCUGUGAGGACGAGCUGCAGCGGAUCCAAACCGAGCAGCAGGUGGACUCUCUGAGCUCCCACCAGGAGAGCUGGAACGCUGAGAGGAGUCGGCUGCUGGCUUCUCUGGAGGACAUGGAGGAGAAGGCUGCAGAGACUCAGAUCCUCCUGGAGUCUCUUCAAAACCAGCUUCGGGAUGAAAGGCAGAGGAACGCUGAUCUGCAGGAGGAGAUGCUGAGGAUGUCUCAGGAGCUCCAGGCGGGUGGCGCUCAGAGCUCGGCGCUGGAGGUGGACCGGCUGCUCUCUGACGUCGCUGCUCUGACGACAGAGAGGGACCAGCUGAAGGAGGACAUGAAAGAGAAUGUGGAUAUGAUGAUCGAGACUCAGGCGGAGCUCAGGGCGGCACUGGAGAAGAACCGCGAGCAGAUGAAGAAGAUCAAACUCCUGGAAGUUGCUCAAGAUGCAAAGGUGGAGAGUUCACAGCUGGAGGAGCUUCAGACAAAGAUGAGGAGCCUGUGCCAGGAGAUCACCAGCCUGCAGCAGGAGAGAGACCGUCUGCUGUCUGAGCAGACAUCCUCGUCUGCGCAGGAGGAGGAGGAGCUGCUGCUGCACAGAGUGACGGCGCUCACAGAGGAGAGAGAUCAACUGCAGGAGAUCCUGGAGGGAGUCAGGGAGGAGAAGAAGCAGAUGAGAGCAGAGCUGGAGGAACACAUGGAGACGGCGGCUGAGGCUCAAGGUCUCCUCCAUUCGGUCCAGCAGCAGCUACAGGAUCAGAUCCAGAGUUUCCAUGACCUUCAAACCACCAGAGAGGAGGAGCAAAGUCGUCUGGAGCAGCAGCUUUCAGAGAGGACGGGUCUCCUCCAGUCUCUCCAGGAGGAACUCCAGGAGCAGAAGCAAAGCAAGUCUGAUCAAGGGAAAGAGUUUGAGCAGAGAGAGUCUGAUUUGAAGCAUCAGCUCCUGCUUCUGACUGAGGAGCUUGAAAAGGUAGAGAGAAACCAUCUGGUCCUUCAAGAGCAAGAUGCUGGUCAGAGAUCCUCAAAGGAGGAGGAGGAGCUGCUGCUCAGAGUGACGGCGCUCACAGAGGAGAGAGAUCAGCUGCAGGAGAUCCUGGAGGGAGUCAGGGAGGAGAAGAAGCAGAUGAGAGCAGAGCUGGAGGAACACAUGGAGACGGCGGCUGAGGCUCAAGGUCUCCUCCAUUCGGUCCAGCAGCAGCUACAGGAUCAGAUCCAGAGUUUCCAUGACCUUCAAACCACCAGAGAAGAGGAGCAAAGUCGUCUGGAGCAGCAGCUUUCAGAGAGGACGGGUCUCCUCCAGUCUCUCCAGGAGGAACUCCAGGAGCAGAAGCAAAGCAAAUCUGAUCAAGUGAAAGAGUUUGAGCAGAGAGAGUCUGAUUUGAAGCAUCAGCUCCUGCUUCUGACUGAGGAGCUUGAAAAAGCAGAAAGAAACCAUCUGGUCCUUCAAGAGGAAGAUGCUGGUCAGAGAUCCUCAAAGGAGGAGGAGGAGCUGCUGCUCAGAGUGACGGCGCUCACAGAGGAGAAAGAUCAGCUGCAGCAGGAGCUCAGAGAAGAAAAGCAGCUGAAAGGAGAGUUGGAAGGAAGAGUGGAAAUGCUGCUGGCAGAGAUUUCAGGACUGAACAUGAGUUUACAGACUGGUAGAGAGCAGAUGAAGCAGCUGGAGGAAGAUCUGCAGCACAACAUGUAUUUGGCAUCUUCAAGAGAAGCUCUCCUGAAGUCUGUCCAGGAGGAGCUGAAGGAACAGAGGAACAUCCACUGUGAUCUAGAGAAACUGCUUCAGGAGAAGGAGAGCUCCUUCAGCCACAAGAUGCAGGACCUGUCAGGAGAACUGGAGAGCACUAAAGCCGAGAGGAGGUCCCUGCUGUGUGAGAGCCAGAAGUUCACAGAGGAGAAGGAGGAGCUGCUGCGUAGAGUGAUGUCUCUGAAGGAGGACAAGCAGCAGCUGGGAGCUCAGCUGAACGAGGAGAAGGAGAAGAUUUGGGACCUGCAGCAGAAGCUGAGCCGGCAGGAGCAGCUGGAGGCACAGCGAAACAAAGAGCGAGAGCAGGAGAGCCGGCAGUACCGAGAGCUGCUGAUUGAGACGAACAGAAACAUCUCCGCCCUCAAAGAGCAGCUGUUUGUUCUGGAGCAGAAGAGCAGAGAAAAGGAGGAGGAGAAGCACGGGGUGGCGUCAUCUCGUCUGCAGGAGUCCAAACUUCUCCUUCAGGAGUCUUUCGGGAAACUGGAGGAGUUCAUUAACACCUGCAGGGGGCGCUUCUCCGUCCCUCUGGACCCGGCUCUGAGGUCUCGGGGUUCCCUCAUCCACCCGUACAUCAGCUCUCUUCCAGAGGCCAGUGUGGAUGUGUACAUGUCCAUGCAGCAGCAGGGGCUGGAGAGCGUUCAGAGGCUGCAGAGCGUGCAGAUGCAGCUGCAAGCACAAGCGGUCGCCUACAGGAGACUGCUGGAGGUACUGGUGAGGAAGGAGGACGCCGUGUAUGAGGAGCGGCGGCUGCAGGACCUGCUGCUGUGCAGAACGCAGGAGCCCGACUGCGACCUGCAGGCUCUGUGGGAGCGCAGGCUGAGCGAGCUGCUGGACAAACGGCGGCUCUACCAGCAGAAAAUGGAGAACAUCUUGGAGAAGCUCUGGGCUCAGAUGGCGUCCCACAUGUCAGAGCUGAGAGCUGAGAUCGCAGCGAGGGAGAAGUUCAGGGAGCAGCUGCAGGCCGCCGUCGCCAAGCAGCCAAUCGUUCUCGGCGAGCUACACGGCGUCCUGCAGCGCGAGCUGGAGCGCAGGUCUUCUGCGGCUCAAAGCAGCGCUGCUUCUGUGCAGUUCAUGGAGGAGCAGAAGGUUCUGUUUGAUGAACUGAAGCAGCAGGACGCCCAAACCGAAUCUCUUCUCAGAGAGGAGAAGAGCAAGACGUGCACUCUGCUGCAGGCUCUAGAGGGCGCUCCUCUGAAGACAGAACUCUCUCUGCUCAAAGACAACCAGGAGCUCCUUCUGCAGCUCCAAGAGGCUCAAGAAAACGUCAAAACGCUGCACAUGCAGAUGGAGCAGCUGCAGGAGGCGCAGGCGAGCGCCCACAGCCGCUUAUCCUGCCACAAGGAGGCCACGCAGCUGCUGCAGACAGAGCUGCAGGACAGCCGCGCCCUCGUCCAGGAGAAGGAGAGCGCCAUCGAGGAGAAGGAGAGCGCCAUCCAGACGCUCAGGAACAAACUGCGCGAGUCCGAGAAAAGAGCAUCUCCUGCUGCAGAAGAUCUGGAGAAUCUGAAAAAGAAGUUGUUCCAAAUGGAGGUGAAGCUCACUUCAAUGUCAGAGGAACACAAACAAGAGAUCCAGAAGAUGAACUCGCUGUUGAGCAUUAAGGAGGACUCCCUGAGGAGGCUGAAGGAGGAUCUGAGGAGGUCUCAGCGGCGGGGGGAGGAAUCCUUUCUGGAGGGUGAGGUUCUCCAUGCUAAACUGGUGAACCCCAAAGGUCAGGUGGUCCAGAGCAGCAUUCUGCUAGAAAAAACCAAGCUGGAAGAGGAAGUCAAACAGCUUCAUCUGAAAAUCACCCAGCUGGAAAGCUUGGUGUCCAGCCUGCAGGCAGAGGUCACCAAAUGGAAGAACAGAGCCAUUAAACUGAAGAACAAGACUGAGAUGGACAAGCCUCCAUCUCCUUGCACCACCUCCACCAAGAGGCCUCCCCCCACGACUGUCGACAUCCUGUGCUCACCUAAAAAGAUGCUGCUGAAUUCCAGCAAGAUCCUGGGCUCGCCUCGGAAGGGUCCCGAGUCUCCCAGCAAACCUCUGGACUCGCCCAAGCCCUCGCUCUUCAGAUCACCCAAGAGCAGGUUCUUUGACGCGGGCGGGGCUUCGGAGAUGCUCACAAGAAGUCGUCCCAAACAGUUCUUUGAUAACUCUGGGCUGGGAACCACUCCAGAGAUCUCACUCGCUCCUGACUCAGCUGACAGCGACAUCGAUGCAGCAGCUGGAGCCGACAGAACGGAUCCAUGUUGGACUAGUUCUCCCAAAAAAGAAGAUUUUUGUAAACCACAAUAAAAUGACACGGAGGAUUUUUAAAACAUAUAUAUAAUUUUGUUAGAUUUAAUAAACAAAGUACAUUUUAUUACAAUGUUUUAGUCUAAUGAUUGUCCUUUCAUUUUAUUUUCCUCCUCCAUGUGGAAUUCUGUUGAUAAUUGAAAACAACAAUUUCAAAAUAAAAUGUGGGGUUUAUUUUUCUGCUGCCUUAAGAUUUAGUUUCAGUCUGAAAAGCUGAAAUUCCCAUAGUAAAAAAGUAGGGUGGCACGCUGAUGUCCGUUACCGAUGAUUAUCUUCUGAUAGUGAACAGUAUGACGUCACGCCAAUGAUUCCAAUAAGAAAAAAAAAUGUAGCUGAUAAAAUGGACAGAUAAUUAAAAGCUUAAACUGCAA